GUGUCUUCCGGAUAUGGAAACGAGGCGUGGAUGAGCGUGUUGGUCUCCCUGGUAACGCCAGCUUGGCCCCGCCCUCGGAGCUCCUCCCAGUGACAGUUAACGGUUGUUGCGGAAAGUUCCGGAAGGUUGUUCGCGGUGCAUUGUGGGAGCAGCCGGCUGUGUGAAGGAUCUGCCUGACGGUCAGCACGAUGAUGGUGAGUGAGCAAUCCGCCGCCAUCCUCCCCGCUCCCAGCCCGCAGCCCCCCGGGACCCUCACCGCCGGCUCCCCCGGGCCGCACUCCCUCUCCUGGCCGCUGUGUGAGGCCCGGGGCGGCAGGGAGCCGGGCGGGGACUGAGUCACGUGGGCCUCACAAAGCCUCGGUCUGUCCUGGAUCCCCUAUCCGAGUCCCAGACACCCUGCCCGGCCUUGCAGCUCCGCUAUACCCCGGUACCUUACUGUGCCAUCUAUAAAUAUCAUAAUAAGAAUAAUAAUAAUAAAUAUAACUAGAAAAGCUACAAUUUCUGGGGAAAUUGUGUGAAGUGUUCUUGCCUCCACCUGUAGUCUACAACUGGAGUGGGCGGAGUAACUGUUAUCAUUUAUAUAGCACAUUUAAUUGCAACGUUGUUGCACAGUUACAUUAAAGGACCACUAUAGUGCCCUGAGGGUGCCCCCACCCUCACUGUCCCCCUCCCGCCGGGCUCUGGAAAGGGGAAAAGGGGUUAAACUUACCUUUUUCCAGCGCUGGGCGGGGAGCUCUCUGCCUCCUCUUCUCCUCCCCGUCGUCUUAAUGCGCACGCGCGGCAAGAGCUGCGCGCGCAUUCAGCCGGUCACAUAGGAAAGCAUUCUCAAUGGUUUCCUAUGGACGCUGGCGUGCUGUCACUGUGAAAAUCAUAGUGAUAAGCACGCAAGCGCCUCUAGUGGCUGUCAAUGAGACAGCCACUAGAGGAUUAGGGGGAAGGCUUAACCCAUUCAUAAACAUAGCAGUUUCUCUGAAACGGCUAUGUUUAUGAAAAAAUGGGUUAACCCUAGAAGGACCAGGCACCCAGACCACUUCAUUAAGCUGAAGUGGUCUGGGUGCCUAGAGUGGUCCUUUAAACCCUACAUUUAUAAAAACAUUAGCAGGUGUUCAAAAGGCCCUGUCUAUGAUAUCACUUGCUGCUGCAGCCUUGACAGGUCAGAGUAUUUUGGUGGUUGCCAUCUUCAAACGGUCGUAUCUUAAAAACUAUAACUCCUACAGUGAAGAGCUUUAUAUUGUGAGAAUCACAAGACCCAGACCUACAUUUUGAUGCAUAGUAUGUCUCUGAAGUAUUAAAAUUGUAGGCACAGUCGCAGUUUAGAAAUUGCACUUCAAAUUUGAGCUUUGCAGAGUGAAGUUUCAAUGAAUGUCAAUGGACGGCGUUGGUUGCAAACAAAUGGUCAUAUUGUGAAAACUAUCAGGACUACGGCUUAGCCGUUGACAUGUUUAGUGGCAGCGGGGAUAGCUGAACGUUUUGAUAUAAGAUUUGUGUAGGUGGGCCUAAAAAUGAGGGAGUGGUGGCAGUUUAGAAAUCAUGUCCUGAUUUUUCAGCUUUUGCCAGCUCCCACUCUAGCUUUGCCAUUCAUUCCUAUGGGACAAAUUUCGCCACAAGAACGAUGAUAUUCCGUGAACCAUUCGGCGAAACGUUCCACAAAGUAAUAGCAAUCCGAUCGGGAACAAUCUGCACGUUUUGGUAAAUUUUUGGCUAUGUAGUGUAAAAACUGUGGGAGGAGUUAGGGUGGCAAAUUUUGCUAUAAUAAUAAGAAUAAUAAUAAUAAUAAUAAUAUAUAUGUGAGAUAACAUUAAGUGGUCUUGCUAUGCAAGAACACUUAAUAAUAAUAUAUAUGUGAGAUAACAAUAAGUGUUCUUGCAAGAACACUUAAUAAGAAUAAUAAUAUAUAUGGGAGAUAACAAUAAGUGUUCUUGCUAUGCAAGAACACUUAAAUAUAUAUGUGAGAUAACAUUAAGUGGUCUUGCUAUGCAAGAACACUUAAUAAUAUACCGUGUGCCUGGCGUUAACCCUCUCUGUACCGUGUGCCUGGUGUUAACCCCCUAUAUACUGUAUCCCUGUCCAUGUUAACCCUAGGGAGCUGUCAUAUGAGGGGGUCAGUGCACUCUUCACUUUAUAUUUUGUAUCCCUGUCCUAUAAUAAACCAAGGAGGUGCUGUCAUGGGGGUUAAUUAUAUUAUUUAUAUAGCGCAAACAAAUUCCGCAGCGCUUUAGAGCAGACUGCACUCUUCGUAUAUUUUGUAUCCCUGUUCUAUCUGCCCCAUGUCAGAGGGGUAAUCAACUUGUAUGUAGGGCAGACUGUGCACUUUGCUUUGGGUACCAAAUCCACUGCUCUGCUAUCUCUGCCAGGCCUGCAAUCCUAUUGUGUGUGAGCUAUGUUCCUUCAUAACUUGUAUGAGUGGGCUAUUCAUUUGGCAUGACAGUAUACCUGUCCAUUAUGUUUCAUGCAUAAUAUUUUCUACUUAAUACAGAGAGUAAACGUGUGUAUUACAUCACACUUUGCACUGAUCAACCACAACAAUAAAAUCACUGACAGGGGAAGCGAAUAACAUUGAUUGUAUCCUUACGAUGUCACUGUCAAGGGGUUGGAUAUAUUAGGCAGCAAGUGAAUGGUCAGCUCUUGAAUUUCUUGUUAUGGAAGCAGAGAAAAUGGGCAAGCGGAAAGAACUGAGAGGCAAUGUAAACACUGCGUUUAAAAUAUAGUGUUUACAUGGAAAUGUCUGCAGGGAAUGACUAUACUCACCAGAACAACUACAUUGAGUUAUAGUUCUGGUGACUAUAGUGUCCCUUUAAAGGACCACUAUAGGCACCCAGACUACUUCAGCUUAAUGAAGUGGUCUUUGUGCCAGGUCCAUCUAGGGUUAACCCUGCCUGCUGUAAACAUAGCAGUUUCAGAGAAUGUUUACAUUAGGGUUAAUCCAGCCGCUAGAGGCGCUUCUCACUGUGAUUUUCACGAGUUUGUUUUCCUGGCACUAUAGUGGUCCUUUAAUUUCUCUACAGUCGUCACUAGCUGGGGGGAAUGACAACGAUUGACAGCGGUAGGCUCAGCCUUGUGUCAAGCUUUGUCAGGCAUAGGAAAAUAAAGACAUAGCAGUCUCUACUUUCGCUCGGUAAUAUUCCAACACCGUCAAUAUGAGUAUUUCAUAACGAUUUACUCUUUAGCCUUCCAAGAUUGGAUGGAAAUGAUUGACUGCAAGUGUAUGGCUAACCAGCUUCCCUCCAUGAUUAGACAAUUUUGGAACGAUAAUGCAUAAGUGUCUGUAUUGCCUGAGCCGCGACUACCUGGUUGGGGAUUAGAUGCAGAGAGAGUUUUUGUCAGAUUGCAUAGAAAUCCUUUUUGCAAAACUCUUUACACUGUAACCGCUAGAAUGUGAUAAGGCGCUUAUAGUACUUUUUUUUAUUUUUUAUUAUUAUUAUUUUUUUAAAGAGAAUGUGACGCACAUCAUUUCUCUAUGAAGCUGAAUUACUAGUACCUUUAGAGAUUGCGUAGCUGUUGCCUAACCACCUCAGGGCUGCAAAGGUUAACAACACUGGUGUAAGGUUGUGCACUAAUCUGGGAAUUGACCAGAUCCAGCAUAAUUUACAGGGUUAUUCACUAAAGUGAGAAUUCAAAGUGAUUUUUCAAAUUUAAGGUCAAACUAACCAAACUGUAAAAAAUGUUGAUUAUGUUUGAUAGGUAGAAAUGGCAGGCUCUGUAUUGCUUAUUGGUGCUAUUUGUGUCUUGCAGCCCACACCAGUUAUCCUGCUCAAAGAGGGCACCGACACCUCACAGGGGGUUCCUCAACUCCUGAGUAACAUCAGUGCUUGCCAGGUGAUUGCUGAAGCCGUGCGCACAACCCUAGGUCCUCGGGGUAUGGAUAAACUCAUUGUUGAUGACAGAGGUAAGCAUUGUUCCCUUUGGCACUAGACAUGUCCCUGACUGCUGCCAGUUAACCACAAAAGGUGUAAAGGAAUAAAUUCUUGCAAAAAAAUUGUGUGUAUUGUUUUACUUUUUAGUUAUGCUAUAAAGAAUAACAUGUCAGAAUAUGUUGUGUGUUAGUUUCUUGAGCUGCUUACAUAGCUGCUGUACCUUACAUUAUUCCUUUAUUCUUCCAGGUAAAGCAACAAUCUCCAAUGAUGGUGCUACUAUAUUGAAACUCCUGGAUGUGGUGCAUCCUGCAGGAAAGACCCUAGUGGACAUUGCAAAAUCUCAGGAUGCAGAGGUACAUUAACUGACUAAUGCAGAGGCUUUAAUUCAAAUCUGUACUGCCUGAACAUAACCUAUCACACAGUGCCCAGCAGGGAUUUAUUGGAUGUGUACUUAAACACUUGGCUGCAGCUUUGUCCAUCACAACAAUAGACUUGGAGUCCUGUACUAACGCAACCUCAGUACUCUUAGGCUAUUAUUGUUGACCAGGUUUGACAAAAUGAUGCUUGAUAAUGUGGAAGUGUCCUUUCCCUUUAAUGGGGUGGUUGAAGUUUAAGAAGGAUAUGGUAUCACAGUAAAGCCUUUGUUUUUGAAGACUUCCAAAACGGUUUCACCAAAUUAAUGGGAAUGGCACCUAUAUAUUAAAGGAACACUAUAGUGUUAGCUGUAUUGUUAUAACAAUUUAAUUAAAGGUUUACUUACAUCACGGGUUCCUCUGCGCUCUUCACUUCUCCAACGCCACAGAGAAGGCAUGGCUCGCUCUGUUGAUGGUCCAAUCCAAUGCACCUCAUAGAGGAGCAUUGGAGACCUAAUGCAACUGCGCAGCAAGUGCCUUGCCAUUUCAAAAUUCCCUAUAGAAACCGUUUGCCUCCUUACCUUAGUUCCUUCUGGGCUCAAAUGCUCUCUGGCGGUUCAGUGACGCACUCCCAGCGAGCUGCGGCCAUCGCCAUUCCUUGGCUGAGAGGGUUUUCUCAGUUGAAUUUAACCAACUUAAAACUCUUGUUGCAGGCUGGCUCAUGGCGCCCCAGUGACCCUGCCAAAGGUGGAAUUAUUCCUCCAGCAGCAGAUGGGUUAAACUACGUUUGUGUAGUGUUUCAUAGUGAAACUACACAUACAAGCUCCAGGCGCCAUGCCACUUCUAAUCACUUUAAUAUCACUAUAACUACUGAUAUAAGCUAAAGUAGGAUUGUCCUUGUAAGUCAGUGGAUCUUUGUGUUUGUGCGUUUCGGUGGUUGUGGCACUCUGUAUAUUGGCAGGUAGAUAUUUUUAUUGCUGUGUAUGUCCUAGACACUGGGCUGUUUAGUGUGUGGGAUUUAUUUUGUGUUCCUCCUUCUGAUGUUGUACAGGUAAAUAGUGCUAUUAAUGUGUGUUUGUCUCAUUAUGCCUUAUGUGUUGGGCUGUUUUCAUUUGUUUUGUUCCUUGCAGGUAGGAGAUGGCACCACCUCUGUGACGUUACUGGCAGCUGAGAUCUUGAAACAGGUGAAGCCUUAUGUUGAGGAUGGACUUCAUCCUCAGAUUAUCAUCCGUGCUUUCCGCACAGCAACACAGUUGGUGAGUUGUUUUGUUUUUUUCUUGUGACAGUCACACACAACCAUGACACAUUAUGUUUCCCCUCCCCCUCCAACAUAUUUUAUAGGCUUUUGGGGAGUGGGUCCAGUUGUUACUCAUGCCUCACGUUGUGGUGUUUUGUUUUUUUUUGAUUGUUUUUUGUUUUUUUUGAUACAGGCAAUUAGUAAAAUCAAAGAAAUUGCUGUCACUGUGAAGAAGGAGGACAAAGAGUAAGUAUCCUGUAUAGUCACAUCAUGUAUUAGUGCAUGCCACUAUUUCUUAUUUGUACUUCUAGGCUGCUCUGUUUAAAGUCCCACUGACAGACCUAGAGGGAAGCUCUGUGAUUGUUACCAGAAUGCCGCUUUGUGUAUCUGUCAGUGUAGCAUUUUGAAAAUAAUAGCAGGGGCAUUUUUGCUGUUAUUGAUGCUCAUACUACAUCAAUCUCAAACCACAUUCAAGCUGACAUAUAAAUAACUGACUUUUUUAUUUAACACAUCUUCUUACAUGCAUGGAUAGAUUGUUAGUGUUGUUUUUGUUUGUGUGUGAGCUGUUCGUAUUAUUUGUAUGAGGAAAUGUGGAUGGCUUCCCUGGAGUCCAGUGGGGGCAUUGCUGGCCAGGUACAGGUCAAGGGCAGGAACUGCGAUAGCUGCUGCGGGAUUCACAUUUACAAGUGCUGGGAGGAAGUGAUCUGAGAUCACUUCCACUAAGUGCUUCAAUGCGUAAAUUGAGGAUUGUCCUGAUGCCCUUUAAUAAAUGAAUACAAGCAUUCCCUGAAAUAAGAUUUCCAGUUCUUGUACCCAGAGGGUUUAGAGUCGUGCCUUGAGGCCAUGCUUCUAAGCCUUUUAAUUGGUUGACUAGAGGGCUUUGUGGGUAGGUGAUGGGGACGGGACUGCACACAAUGACAACUUCAUUAAUAUGAAAUUGGAGAAGUACCUACAAUGUCCCUUUAAGUCUCUCUCUGUGCAAGUUGACAGCUGACCUAAAAUGUGCAGGUAAUUGACAAUAGGAGACUUGUCCCCAGCACCUAACUGCCAAUUACUAUGAAUGUGCAGUGUUUCAAUGAGAAACUAGUCUUUUUCAGAAAUGUAUUCAGAUAUUUCCUGAAGUUAUUGUUACAUGUACAUAGACUACAGUGUUCUUGUGAGAGCUCUGGAAAUGCAUUGAUAUCCUAUCUGAAAAGGCUAGAUUAUGCCAAUGUAAUAAAAAAAAAGUAAUUUUUGCUUUGUGUUCUUUAGAGAGCAGCGGCUUCUCCUAGAAAAGUGUGCAGCAACCGCACUGAGCUCUAAGCUGAUUGCAACGCAGAAAGACUUCUUUGCCAAAAUGGUGGUUGAUGCUGUCACCUUAUUGGAUGAUCUGCUACAACUUAAAAUGAUCGGAAUUAAGAAAGUCCAGGGCGGUGCGCUUGAGGUGAGACUGCACUCAUAUCUUUUGGAGUAGACUGCAAGGCUGAAUUAGCAUUAAUGGUGUGAUUUGACCAUGUGUGAAGCUUAAAGGACCACUCUAGGCACCCAGACCACUUCAGCUUAGUGAAGUGGUCUGGGUGCCUGGUCCAGCUAGGGUUAACCCAUUUUUUCAUAAACAUAGCAGUUUCAGAGAAACUGCUAUGCUUGUGAAUGGGUUAAGCCUUUCCCUUAUUUCCUCUAUUGGCUGUCUCAUUGACAGCCGCUAGAGGCGCUUGUGUGUUUCUCACUGUGAUUUUCACAGUGAGAGCACGCCACUGUCCAUAGGAAAGCAUUAUGAAUGCUUUCCUAUGUGACCGGCUGAAUGUGCGCACAGCUCUUGCCGCGUGUGCGCAUUCUGCCGACGGGGAGGAGAGAAGGAGGAUCGGAUGAGGAGAGCUCUCCACCCAGCUCUUGAAAAAGGUAAGUUUUUACCCCCUUCCAGAGCCGGGCGGGAGGGGGCCCCUGAGGGUGGGGGUACCCUCAGGGCACUAUAGUGCCAGGAAAACGAGUAUGUUUUCCUGGCACUAUAGUGGUCCUUUAAUGCGCCACUGUCACGCUGAACUUGACCUUUCUCCUAUUGUUUUCCCUUCCUCUCUCAGGAUCCGUUCUUGUUUUCUUUAAAGCAUAAGCCAAAUUAGGGACUACUUUGUCUCAUGUAUUUUUCCUACGUCUGACAUUCUCUGACAUAGGAGGAACUUAAAGGAGCACUAUAGUGCCAGGAAAACAAACACGUUUUCCUGGCACUAUAGGGUUAAUAAGUAUCCCCCUCCUGCUGGGCUGAAGGGCUUAAAACCCCUUCAGCCACUUACCUUAAUCCAGCGCUGGGCUCCUUCAGCACUCGUGACCUCUCCUCCCCCUGCUGACGUCAGCUCUGAAUGCGCAUGCGCAGCCAGAGCUGCGCACGCAUUUAAAACGCCCAUAGCAAUACUUUCCUGUUGACAUCAGCGUGUCCUCAAUGCGAAUUUCACAUUGAGGACCGCGGAAGCAGCAUCUAGUGGCUCUCAGGGUGGCUGGCUUAACCCUCUCUGAAACUGAUUUUUUCAGCUGCAGGGUUAAAACUAGGGGGACUUGGCACCCAGACUAUUUCAUUUAGUUGAAGUGGUCUGGGUGUGUAUAGUGAUCUUUUAAGUCACAGAAAAUUUCCCACAGUACUCCCUUUCCUCUAUGACAUGUGAAAUAGGGCUGAUUUAAUUAAGCCCCUCCUUGUGUGAGAGAAAGUCAGACGUAGAAAAAAUACAUAAGACAAAGUAGUCCCUGCUUUGUUUUAUGUUUUAAGGAAAAUUAGAUCAGAAAUAAAGAAAAGAACAGAUCCUGAGAAAGGUAAGUUCAGUGUGACAGUGCCGCUUUAAGGUUAGCUGAUAUUACAACUAUGGUGUUAAAGAGAAAUCUUUUUGAUGUAGAGAAGACUAUUUGAAUGUGGCUAUGUUGCUACUCUUAUAUGCUUCAGUGGUAUUUAAUCGAGCGGCAACCCAUUUAGAGGUGAUAGUACCUAGUUUUAUUCUUGUCUGUCUAUACAUAUGUGGUAGUCUUGAAUUGCUAAUUACAGGAUUAUUUUCCCCUGUAGGAGUCUCAUCUGGUUGCUGGGGUGGCCUUUAAGAAAACCUUUUCCUAUGCUGGGUUUGAAAUGCAGCCCAAGAAAUACGAGUCCCCAAAGAUUGCUCUUCUCAAUAUAGAGCUGGAACUGAAAGCAGAGAGAGAUAAUGCAGAGGUCCGAGUGAAUAAAAUUGAGGUAAAGGAAUUUUUGAAAUUUGUCAUCUGGGAAGGUGUUUCACAAGUGUAACUUGCUAAGUAGGUUUGGUUCUAGUAAUUCAUUGGUGUAAUUCCGUCCAUGGAAUUCAUUUGUAUUCUAGAAAUCCGUGUAUGUGAACAUGGUUUAACGAAACAAAAAAAGUGGAUAUGUACAGAAAAUAUAAUAAAUAAAAUAAAAAAUAAAAAACAUUUUUAUUAGAUAAUUUAUAAAAAGCCUGUACUUGCCACCAAAGUCAUAAACUAUAAUCUGUAGUGUGUACGUAACAUAGAAGAAAUGGCAAAUUCCAUAAACUAAUCCCAAUGUGUAGUACCCUAUAUUGGUCACCAGGUGUCAGUCGCAAAAGAGCUCCAACAAGCAAACCGUAGAAUAUCCCUAAAUUUUUGCCAGCCCAGUGGGGAAAAAGUAUGUUACACCUCUAAGGUAAACAAACAGGUUAUACAAAAGAUAGCGCAUUCGACGCACGUUUCACCCACCUUGUGGGGGUCAUCGGGAGUGCCGAAAAGGACCUGCUUACAGUCUCGCUUGCCUGGUUUUGUCAUUUGAUUCUUUAGCCUUGCAUGCUCCAAACAGUCCCUUUCUCAAACUAUAACAAACCAUAAGUCUAGUGUAUCUCUUAUUUGAUCUGUCCAAUCACUGAUCUUGCUCCAUUGUCAGAAUUUGAUCAUUUUUGUACUGGUAAGUUGUUUAAAGGAACACUAUAGCAUUGCUCUUCACCCCUCUCCCCCUCCCCCCCCCCUCAAUCUGUACAGAAAACAAAUUACUCACCUUUUCUCCUGCUGAGACCACCUCCAGGGUGACAAGCCAAUCCAAUACUCCUCAGAGACUAGCAUAGGCGCUGGCUGAGAUGCGCCUACAACUCCUCCAUAGAGAAUUACUGUUCUCUAUGGCAGAUUGUGACGGCACUGUGCUUGCCCCCAUGCCAUCACGAUAUUUUAAAGUAUGAAAGCUUGGUAGUUAGAUAUCCAGCUCUCAUACCCAGAGAGCUUGGAGGUGUGGCUUGAAGCUCCACUUCCAAGCAUCCUAUUAGGUUUGCGGGGAGCAGGACUGUAUGUACCAUAACCACUUCAGUAAGGUGAAGUUGUUAAAGUGCCUACAGUGUCCCUUUAAAUCCUUCAAUGACUGCUUAAAGGUAUAUUUUAGCAUUUGGAAUGUAAACAUAUUUUUAACACUAGAGUGUUGUACUAACACUAAUUGUUGGCCAGGAUCAAAUGACAUCAGACUGUUGCUUUAAAUGUGAAUGCUAUCCCUACUGACCUUGCACUGAUGUCAUCAUAUUUUCUCUCAAUAUUCUGACACUACCCAUGUGUUAGGACUAUCAAGCGAUUGUAGAUGCUGAAUGGAAUAUUCUGUAUGAUAAACUGGACAAGAUUCACAAGUCUGGAGCUAAAGUCGUCUUGUCCAAGCUGCCAAUUGGGGAUGUAGCUACACAGUACUUUGCAGACAGGGAUCUGUUCUGUGCUGGAAGAGUGCCAGAAGAGGACCUUAAAAGGACCAUGAUGGUAAUAUCUAAUAAAUACAGUUAGAUCCUAUGUAUCUACAAACAAAACCUCCACCCCUUUUUCUAAUAGAUACACCAUUGCUGUAUCUAGCAAUCAGAUGACUAUUUUGAUAUCUAAUUCCUGUUAUUUUAGGCCUGUGGAGGAUCCAUCCAGACCAGUGUGAAUGCGUUGACUGAUGAUGUUCUUGGGCAGUGUGCUCUCUUUGAGGAAGCUCAGGUGGGCGGAGAAAGGUGAGCGGUUUCACUUACACUCUUUGUACUUGGCGUUAUAAAAUGAAGAAACAAACUGGGUACCCCAAACUCUACUCUAAAAACGUAGUCUUCCAUUUGUAAAUCCUACACAUUCACACUUCCGUUACAAGAAUAUGCUACCGAAUACAAGAAUGAGUUUUUCUGUUAUGACCAGGAGAGUGCAUCUUGAUAUAUUUGUAUCAAAUGUUAACCAAUUCUAAAAUGUGCCCAGUUUUUAGGAAAUGCAUACUCAAUAUAAUUUUGUAUAUAGCCAUGAAGUUCAAGUGGGGCCCUGUCACUUUUAAUCUUUGUGUCACAGAAAUCUUUGUACACGUGUGACAAAGCCAGUGCUGAACAUUUAUUUGUGUGUUUGCUACAGGUAUAACAUCUUUUCUGGGUGCCCAAAAGCCAAGACAUGUACAAUCAUACUGAGAGGGGGUGCAGAACAAUUCAUGGAGGAGACAGAGCGCUCUCUGCAUGACGCCAUCAUGAUUGUGCGGCGAGCAAUCAAGGUAACCGUGCCUGAUUACACAUUUUGUUAUGGCUUUCGUGUCAGUCUCUUGUACCUUCAAAUUGCACUUUGAAAUGAACACUUUUAUCAUCCUCUUUAGAAUGACUCUGUGGUAGCUGGAGGAGGGGCCAUUGAGAUGGAGCUUUCCAAGUAUCUUCGUGAUUAUUCCAGGACAAUCCCGGGAAAGCAGCAGCUUCUGAUUGGCUCCUAUGCCAAGGCUCUGGAGAUUAUCCCAAGACAGCUAUGUGACAAUGCUGGCUUUGAUGCCACGAACAUCCUGAACAAGCUAAGAGCUAAACACGCCCAGGUAAGUGUUUCAAAUCAGUCUUCUAUGGCCCUUUAUUGCACCAUUAUUUACCCUCCUCUUGUAGUGUAAGACACAAUGUCACAAAAAGUCUCCAACACCCAGACAGCAUGUACACUUCUCCAUUAAUCUGGCUGUACACUUAUGUUUUAUAGAUUUUACCAACAGCUUUCACUCUUCUGCCUACAUAGACAGAAUUUAUUUUAAAUGUCUACUUUUUACAUCAAAUUUAAGAUAUCAUCAGGUGUUCCUUCUUGCUGAUUGUGUGUUAUGAUUGUUAAACCAGUUUAAGAGGGGAAUUGAAAACCGAGGACAAACCAGAAGUACACUAUAAAGUGUCAUUUCUUCAGUGUUGUCACAUGAAAAGAUAUAAUAAAUAUUUACAAAAAAAGGGGUGUACUCACUUUUGUGAGAUACUGCAUAUUUUUAAUCUUUAUGUCUUCUAUCAUUUUGAUUAUAAUCAGAUUGAUUUAGUUAGCUGGUCAAUAAUCGGUAAUAUGUACAGGAAAUCUGUCAAUGACUUCCCUUACAUUCUGCUACAGUGCCUCCAUGUCCUCACAGAGAGCACCCACUUCCAGUUGACCCUGUCUCCUCCCAAAGUCGUCUUUGACUUACUCUAAGCAGGUCAAACCUCCUCUGUGACUUUGACACGUUGGCUCGGCACUCUGUUACUGUACUAUCGCUGGCUAGGAGUUACUGUAGCACAACAUGCACUGUGGUUGCUGUACAUGGAAAUUGAUUGACAGGUGUGAGACUUAUUUUUAAGGAUUUGCUAACACACUUUGUGUGUGUGUGUAUAUCUUUAUGCAUAAUGACGUCGCUAUUGCUGGAUGUGAAAAGUAGUAAAAUGUAUAGUGCUACAGAGUAUGGGUGGUGUUUUAUAAAUAUCUGUUUUUAUUUACUCUGCUACUCCAACAUGCAGGGAAACUAAUAAUAAUUUAUUUUGGGUAUCCUUUCAGGGUGGAAUGUGGUACGGGGUGGAUGUCAACAAUGAAGACAUAGCAGAUAACUUUGACGCUUGCGUUUGGGAGCCAGCAAUUGUAAGAAUUAAUGCAUUAACGGCAGCUUCAGAAGCAGCCUGUCUCAUACUGUCUGUGGAUGAAACCAUCAAAAACCCAAGAUCUACUGCAGACGCUCCGCCAGCUGGUCGCGGCAGAGGAAGGCCUCAUCACCAUUGAAACCGCAAAACUGGUUAUUUAAUCAGUCCAUUUCACUUCAGUUCCAGUAAAGGAAAAACUGUUGGUGCAGUUCUUCAUUCAGCUCAGUGAUCUAUCCACUGGCACAGGGUUACAUUGGCCUAACAGCUUUAUUAAUGUCUUUUUGAAUGCUUACUGUGUGGUCAACAAAAGAAAUAUUAUAUGAGAUGGUCAGAACCUGGAUCUCAGUUCUAGUAACAUGUAUGUUGCAGCACAUAUAAUUUAGAGACUUCUCGUCUUAAUACAAAUCUUGCCCUUUUUUUGUAUGUCCUCCAAUACACCUCCAAAGCGGAGCAUAAAAUCUAACUGAGCAUUCUUUGCCAUCAGUGUCCACUUACCUUUUUCUUUUUGUUAUCCUCUCAGUUGGUUGUGUACCUCCCUGGACGAAUGUGGCCAUUUUGAUACUCUAUUUAUUUUCCUUGAACAAACCAUAAUUAAAUGCACUUCAAUUAAUUGUCAGCAUUUUUUUCUUGUUAAUGUACCAAGUGGAUGUUUUAUAAAUAACACUUACAUGUAGACAUUAGCUAAUAAAAUACUUUCAGGAGGGUUUGCUA